AUGGAAACAGCAUUAAAAAUUGGGGACUUUAAAGCAAUGGGACUUGUUAACUUUACACCAGUCGGACUUGUUGAGGAAUUUUUUGAAAUUUUACAUAUUACAACAGGAUUACCUUGGUGGGGUACAAUUACAUUGGCAACAAUAAUUUUACGUUUAGCACUUUUUCCAUUAAUAAUAAAAAGUCAAUUAAAUAUUGCUAAAUUAACAAAAAUUCAACCAAAAUCUCAAAAAAUAAUGGACCAAAUUACAAAAGCGAGGGAAGAAGGGGAUCAACAAACGCUUAUGAUUAAAUCUGUAGAAUUAAAACAAUUAUUUUUGGAUAAUGAUUUAAAUAUGUUUUCAUCUUCUUUACUUCCAUUAGUUCAAAUGCCUAUUUUUAUAAGUUUUUUUAUUGCUUUAAGGAAAAUGGCUGAAUUACCUGUGCCUGGUUUGGAACAUGGUGGCAUUUUAUGGUUUAAAGAUUUAUCUGUUCCCGAUCCACAAAUAAUUUUACCUUUUCUUGUUAGUGGCGGUUUCAUCGCAAUGUUGGAGUUUGGUGUAGAUACAAACUUAAAGAAUACUCAGGCAGUGGGCUUAAAAUGGUUUUUUCGUAUUAUCAGCGUAACUUCAAUUUUUUUCACCAUGCAAUUACCUUCAGCAAUACUUUAUCACUUUUUUUGCACAAAUUUAAUUUCUUUUACACAAUCUCUACUUCUAAAAAAUAAUAAAGUCCGAAGUUGUUUUGGAUUACCAGCUAUUGUAAGGCCAACUAUUGUAAGUCCUAAUAUAAACGAAUCAGUGAAAAAGAAAUCAUUAAUGAAACAAUGGAAAGAAUGGAAUACGGCAGCCUCGGCUGAUAAUAACAAACACAAAAAUAAAAAACGUAAAUGA